CAACAGCAAACCACGGCUCUCCUUCUCCACACUGACAGCGCGGGAGGAGAGUGAGGUGGUUGCCACGGUGAUGAAGUGGAAAACGGUGACUGCCAUUUUUGUCCUGGUGGUCUUGUAUCUGGUGAUGGGUGCAGCGGUGUUCAAAGCAUUGGAGCAGCCCCAUGAGAGUGCCCAGCGCGUGGCUAUCUUGACCCAGAAGCUGGAGUUCCUGUCAAAACACCAGUGUGUGAACCACAGCGAGCUGGAGGAGCUGGUGAAGCAAAUAGUGUUGGCCAUGCGCUCAGGGGUGAACCCAACAGGAACCCUCAGUAAUCACAGCAGCCUGUGGGACCUGAGCUCGGCCUUCUUCUUUGCUGGGACAGUCAUCACAACUAUUGGCUUUGGAAACACCUCUCCACACACUCAUGGAGGGAGGAUCUUCUGCAUUGUUUAUGCCUUACUGGGAAUUCCUUUGUUUGGAUUUCUCCUGGCUGGUGUUGGUGAUCAGCUUGGUACAAUAUUUGGCAAAGGAAUUGCCCGAGUGGAGAAAAUGUUUGUUCAUGGUGAUAUCAGUCAGACUAAGAUCCGGGUCAUAUCCACCAUCCUCUUUGUCCUGUUCGGCUGCCUGCUGUUUGUGGCUCUCCCUGCGGUCAUAUUUAAACACAUUGAGGGGUGGUCCGCUCUGGAGGCUCUUUACUUUGUGGUCAUUACUCUCACAACCAUAGGAUUUGGAGACUUUGUGGCAGGUACAGUGACAGCCUCUUGUGUGCACACAGGUGGCUCUGAUAUUGCAUAUUUGGACUAUUAUAAACCAGUGGUGUGGUUUUGGAUUCUGGUGGGACUGGCUUACUUUGCUGCCAUUCUCAGCAUGAUCGGUGACUGGCUCAGAGUCAUCUCAAAGAGGACCAAAGAAGAGGUUGGUGAGAUCCGGGCCCAAGCAGCCGAGUGGACAGCAUCGGUCUCUGCAGAGUUUAAAGAGACGCGCAGAAGAGUGAGUGUGGAGCUUUAUGACAAGUUCCAAAGAGCCGCCUCCAUCAAGCGCAAACUGUCCACAGACUUGGCCUUCAGCACGGCCUCGGAGCUCUCUCUGCCCAAAAGGACUGUGUCAGUCAACUUUAAUGAUGAGCUGGAAAGGAGGGAGGCUGCACUACACGGGCUAACCACUCCACUAAUGAAAAAACACCUGUUCAUGAACGGAAUGGACCCAGAAAGAGGAGACAUUUCAAACUUAGACAACAUCAAGUGAAAGACAAACUUUAUACAUCAAGUAUGAAACACUAUUGUGGCACACAUUUACUAUAUGAAAGACUUUUUUAAUUUUUUUGUGAAGUCCCCGGUUAUCAAAUCAAACCACCUUCUGAACAUUGUAUGUUAACAGUGUCUCCUCUGCUCAGAUCAGAGUAUUCCUCUUUACUCAUGGAUGUUUAGAGAUAAAUUAGUGUGCCUUUAACCUGUGUAUUUUCUUAACCACACUGAAGCUGUGCCAAAGCGCUAUAUGAAAGCAGUGAAACAAAAGCAUUUUUUUUAAAAGGACAAAUUAAAGACACCAUACCUAUUCUGGCCUUAACAGAUCCAUAAGGAUCUUCACUUUGUUGCACUUUCUGUUCAUGGUUUAAAUCAGCUGCUUACUCUGUUCACCAAUACCUGUUCUGCCCCGUGCUCAGUUUGGAGAGGUGUAGUGAGAGAAACAUUAUCACUUUAUCUGCAUUUUUGCU